CCUCCCCUCCCCGCUCCUCAGGGCCGCGGCUCGGGACGCCGCUCUCCGCCCGUUCGGAACCGUGAGAGAGAGAGAGGCGGCCGCGUUCCCCUCCCUUCGCCUCGUUCUCUCAGCCCGAAGCGGGAGGCAAACGGCGGCCGCCCGCUCCUCGCCGCCUCCUCCCGCUCCUCCUCCUGCAGCGGGGGUCGCGUCCUGCUGCCGGGGGGGGGAAUUGAUGUGGAGACCCCGCGCAGCACCAUGCAGCCCCCGCCGAGGAAGGUGAAAGUUACACAGGAGCUGAAAAACAUCCAGUUGGAGCAGAUGACAAAGCUGCAGGCCAAGCAUCAGGCAGAAUGUGAGCUACUUGAGGAUAUCAGAGCGUUCAGUCAGAAGAGAGCUGCGAUCGAGAAGGAAUAUGCACAGAGCAUUCAGAAGCUGGCUAGCCAGUACUUGAAGAAGGACUGGCUGGGGAUGAAAGCUGAUGAACGAGCUGAUUAUAGGAGCAUGUACUCCGUUUGGAAAUCACUCCUGGAAGGCACAAUGCAGGUGGCCCAAUCCCGACUCAACAUCUGCGAGAACUAUAAGAACUUGAUUUCGGAACCAGCCAGGACUGUAAGGUGCUUCAAGGAACAGCAGCUGAGAAAGUAUGUGGACCAGCUGACACGGAUCCAAGCGGAGUUACAAGAGACAGUAAAAGAUUUAGCUAAAGGCAAAAAGAAAUAUUUUGAGACUGAACAGAUGGCUCAAGCGGUGCGGGAGAAAGCUGAUAUCGAGGCCAAGUCCAAACUUAGUCUUUUUCAGUCAAGGAUAAGCUUGCAAAAGGCAAGUGUAAAGUUAAAAGCACGACGGUCGGAGUGCAAUUCGAAGGCUAUCCAUGCAAGGAAUGAUUAUCUUCUCACUCUAGCAGCUGCUAAUGCACACCAAGACCGCUACUACCAAACAGAUUUGGUGAACAUUAUGAAGGCUCUGGAUGGGAACGUUUACGACCACCUGAAGGAUUAUUUAAUGGCUUUCAGCAGGACUGAACUCGAGACGUGCCAAGCCGUACAGAACACCUUCCAGUUUUUACUGGAGACUUCCAGCAGGGUGGUGCGAGAUUACAAUCUACAGCAGUUUUUACAGGAGAACUCCGUGUUUCACAAACCACAGCCCUUCCAGUUCCAACCGAGCGACAGCGACACUAGUUUUAACACGGUUCAGCUGGUGGACAUCGAGCCCUCACCUGUCAGUGCCAUGCGAAUGACUAUAGCAGAGAGUCGACAACUGGAAUCGGAAACUGGAACGACUGAGGAGCACAGCCUCAACAAGGAGGCUCGGAAAUGGGCAACCCGUGUGGCCCGCGAGCACAAGAACAUCAUCCACAGCCAGAGGACACUUGAAGAGCUGGAGUGCCACGGGCCUGUGAUGUCUGAACAAACCCGAGUGGAACUGGAGCAGAAAAUAGAUGAAGCCAGAGAGAGCAUUCGCAAGGCUGAGAUCAUUAAGCUGAAAGCAGAAGCCCGUCUCGAUCUCCUGAAGCAGAUCGGGGUCUCUGUGGAUACUUGGCUAAAAAGUGCAAUGAACCAGGUGAUGGAGGAGCUGGAAAAUGAGCGCUGGGCCAGCCUGCCCUCGGUGACCAACAACGGCUCUGCACACCUGAUCAGUGCUGAUGCAGAAAAGGAAGAAGGUGAAGAGUUUGAGGACAGCAUGGAUGUUUUUGAUGACAGCAGUUCUAGUCCUUCUGGUACUCUUAGAAAUUACCCUCUCACCUGCAAAGUCGUUUAUUCCUAUAAGGCUUCUCAGCCAGAUGAAUUGACCAUAGAGGAACACGAGGUACUGGAGGUGAUUGAAGAUGGAGAUAUGGAAGACUGGGUUAAGGCACGGAAUAAAGCAGGCCAGGUGGGCUACGUCCCUGAGAAGUACCUGCAGUUCCCAACAUCCAGCAGCCUGCUGAGCAUGCUGCAGUCCCUUGCUGCACUGGACAGUCGGUCCCACACCUCCAACAAUUCCACAGAGGCUGACCUGGUGUCGGGCAGCCUGAAUGGAGAUUCCAGUGUCUGUUUUGUGAAAGCACUUUACGACUACGAGGGGCAGACCGAUGACGAGCUGUCCUUCCCAGAAGGAGCCAUCAUCCGCAUCUUGAACAAGGAGAAUCAGGAUGAUGAUGGCUUUUGGGAAGGAGAAUUCAAUGGGCGUGUUGGCGUGUUCCCAUCGGUGUUAGUUGAAGAGCUGACAGCCUCAGAAAAUGGAGAGACUCAGUGGAUUGGAGAUAUUCAGGUGUCCCCCACCCCAAAGCCGAAUCACACCCUUCCGCCGCUGCCGCUGUACGACCAGCCUCCCACCAGCCCCUUCCACAGCCCGGACAAAAGAGGCUCCCAGUACUUCCCCAGGUCGCCAUCGACUAACGAAAACAGCUUCAGCUCGGAGUCCCCUGGGUUCUCACAGCCUCCACGACUUCCUCCUGAAACUUCAUACGGCAAACUGCGACCUGUGCGAGCAGCUCCUCCACCCCCAACGCAGCAGCAGCACCGCCGGCCAACAGAGAAGAUUGAGGACGUGGAAAUCACGCUGGUGUAACGGUUGGACUCGUUCCAUAGUAGUGCUACAAUCAAGACCAAACCCGGGAUUUGGUCGGUCUCGUUUUUAGGCACCUUUGCAUGAUGAAGACUUGGAAUCGAGCGAGAGACAGGGAGGAUUUUGGGGACGGUGACGCUGCGGACUCCUUCCCACGCUCGUGAAUAUGUUGUGCCUUUUUUUGUUGUUUCGCUUUCUGUACAUCAUUCCUCCUCUCUUAGCACAAACCCAGGCAGGCCGAGCAGCGAGCGGAGGAUUGGCACCAGGCAGCUUUCUCUCUUGGCUGAAGAUGGUCAUUUUUACACGGAGGCUGAGAAGGAGCCUCUGCUGCAGUCACAGCGCCCUUCCAUCACGUACAGUAUAUUACUGUUGCCAUAGGAAUGUGCUAAAGGCUGUCCGUUCUUCGAGUAGCAUUGCUUGUCUGAUUAGGCAUUAAUCAGAUCUAACGGAGUGAAAAAGGGAACUGAAGAAUGAGUGUAAGGAGAGGCUGGCUCCUCUUUAAUGCCCUCGCGGAAGGAAGAAACAGGAAAAUAAUCUCAUAGGUAAGGGAAAGUGAUGCAGAUCAUACAGCAUUAAUUACAGUAAUGCACACCUCUUCAAUAAUUAACAGUUAAGCAGAACUAAAUGUUCUUUGUAUUAAUAUUUAUGCAGUACAUUUAGUAAUAGAGUAUCUAAUACGGAGGUGCUGAAUUAGUAGCAACAUCUUGUUCCAUAGCCUAAACCGACCGGUAGACAAGUGAGAUUUUUGUCUAGAUCUGGAAAUUGAGCUUUUUUUUUUCUUUUUUUUUUUUCCUUAGCAGAUUUUGGGGGUUUUGCUUUUGAAGUGUUUGGCUCCCUCUUACCCCAGUUACCGCCGCGUGCUUUUCUAUCCCACGUUAGCAUGUAUCUCUGUCACCAAACCGGCUGGCUGGAGUUAGGUUACGCGUCGCACACCUGCCAUAUUUCGGUUCUGCAUUGGAGAAUCCCAUAGCAUUGAGCCCCAGAAGGAGCCUCACAAGAAUCACACAAGAAUCACAAGGUUGGAAACGACCUAUAAGAUCAUCCAGUCCAACCGUCUCCUCAUCACCAUUGCCACCACUAGUACUAAACCAUAUCACGCAGCAAUAGCUCGCACAGCUGCAGAGCUCCCUGCUGUCUGCAGACCUCCAGGCUGCUGCUGGGGCUGCGGUCCCGAAUUCCUCUCUCACAACAAACAGAGAGGAUAUCAAAACGACUUUCAAACCUCUGGAAAGGAAACUUGGUUUUUUUGGGGAGGAAAUGGGAGAAAUGGUCAGAGGAGAGGGGAGGAGCGGAUGAAAGCGGGUUGUUCUUCAUCUGUGAGCAGCGAACUGUUGUUGGAAGAGCAGCACCCAUCGGAUGCAAGCUGCAGGCAACACAAGGCUGUUUUCCCUUCUGUGAAUUCUAUGAAUGCCUUCUUUACGUGUUCGCUUUUUCCUACGCCAGCAGCAGUUCUGCCUUUAGCUGAGUUCCAAGGGCGACUCUUUGAGGGCUGCAUUCACAUCAACCAUCCAGCCAGAUUUUCUCCUCAACUGCACACCUUCUGGGAGCCCCGUCUGGGCUGCAUCUCCAGCUCUGCCCUUCUCCUUCCCCAGCAGCCCAGCAGGAGCCAAAGGAAGCUCCUUGGUGGCUUCUGGAGCCGCUGACUGUCCAGUGAAGUCUUAUUCUUUCGCACCUCUCGUCCCGUUGAUCUGUUUGAGGUCUUUUUACGUGUUUAUCAAACUUGUUCUUAAGUUUAAAGAAAAACAAAAACAUGUUUUUAUUCAGAUUUAACUGUUUGCAGAAACGUUGGAAGCUUCACAACGCAGAAGAAAAGCAAAGUCUUGCCAUAGUGCCCACCUUCCAUCCCUUCGGCCAGUUGUUUUCCUCCAUACGCGGACUUUCAGACUUCAGAAAAGUGUUAUUUAAAGUCUCUUUAGUUGUAUUUUAAAAUAUUUUCUGCAAGAGCUGCUAAUUUUAUUUAAAAAAGGAGAAAAAAAGAAAAAAAAGAGAGGAAAAAAGUUGUACAAAUAUGCCUCCUUUUAACUCUGAUUUCUUCAUACAGGGCAUGCAUUCGACGUCUCAUCGUGUACAGCGUCAGUACACCGAAAGCAUCGGUGCAAAUGCUUUCUUUCUAUCGGCUGUAAAAAGUUUGUAUUUAUUAUGUAUAAAAAGUUGAAUAAUAAAAAAAGUGGAACUAAAUCCCCAGUGUUGCCCCGAGACGAGGCACUGCUGCAGGCCUCUGUAGAGUCACAGAGUCCCAAGGUCAUCCAGUCCAUCCAUCCCCCAGCACCAGCACUUCCCACUACACCACGUCCUUCAGUGCCACGUCUCCAUGGUUCCUGAACCCCUGCCCGGAUGGGGGCAGCCUCUUUUCCUUCCCAUGUGUUUUUCUGGGUAUCCUUUUCUGGUUUAUUACCCUUUUACGCAGAAGUUUACAUCUUUUGCUUUUGAUCCAUAUACUUAAAGCAAUCUCAGAUGGCAUUUCCAGGUGGUAUUUAUACGAGGAACAAAACGAUGCCGGAAACAGAGACCCAGCAACAGAGCUCCAGUUCUCAAAAUCACUGCUUAAUGGCCUUUAUGCAAUUAGGAUCAUUGCAUCGAGGGGAGAGGGGCUGAUCAUAACUGCCCCCUGCAGUUGUCCCUGCGUGGUGCUGACUGGCCAUUGUGUGAGGAGCCCUUCCCAUACAGCACACAGCUUAUAUGCUGAUCUGUUGUGCUGUGGCACUCAGUGCUGUUCUCCUAUGCAACCACCAGUGCCAGGCUCUCUCCUUUCAGUGUCCCUGUCCCACAGGUGGCUGUUGUUCCAUUAGGUAAAGCCUGGGCUUUCAGCAGGCUCUCAGCUGAGCACACAGCAGCGCGGUGCUGUUUGAACGAUGCUUGGUGCAGGGAUGCAGCACUGUUGGCCCCAGUGCAUCUGUGUUGGAUUAAUCUCCAGUCUUCCACCCCACCCGUUAGCCUUUUCCCCUGAGCUCCUGCAGCCUCUCCCAUGGUGGAAUCUCAGCUCUUUAUAUCCGUUCACACUCCUCCGAAGGCACUGUCCUGCCCUGCUGCUCGCACUGCAUUCCUUCCUGCAGUUUCCCAUUCCCCCGUGUUGUGCCACAGCUCGCACCCCGCAGCCAAACGCCUGUGCAGGCGAUUGCAUCAGCACUUGUGAUCUCCAGGAAAAUCUCUUCCCCCUGAAGUGCUCUGCUCAUGGAAACAGCCUUUCGUGGAAGCGUUCCCUGCAGCGCGGCGGGCGAUGCUGCAGAUGCUGCCACAGAGUUGCCCCAUUGCUCCUCCAGUUGCAGAUCCACAGGAGGGUUGCAAGGAUGUUUGCUGCCUGCUGCUCCCCUGCACCGGGCUGGGAGGUGAGCUGGGGAGUGCAGAGAGACUGGUCCAAAGCCAGAAGGAGAAAAGAAGGGAUAAACAGAAAGAAGAGCUGCUGCAGCCAGGGAUGCAGCAAAUGAGCCAAUAAAACAUGCAGAGAGGAAAACGCUGACGUGCUGAUUGUACCAAGCAGUCUCGCAGUGCAGCCCGGGGGGAUUGAGCAUCAUAGAUCUGGUGGAAGGAUCACCACAGCACAGGAACCUCUGCAUUGCAGAAGCACAGAUUGCAUCCAGAAAAUACACACACUGCAGUGGCACCGGGGAGGUCGUUUAGUGGCACUGAGCUGGAACAGAUGACAUUUCUGUGGUCUGCAGAUAAGCACGAGAGUCGCUCAGCAGUUCAACUCAGCAGCAUUUGUGUGUGCAGAGACACCCAAGGUCAGGGGCUCUGAGCUGUGGGUGCCCCUGUUCACUGCAGGGAAUGGGAACAGAUGAGCUGAGGGCCCCAAGCGCUCUCCAGCUGCUCUGGUUCUCCUGAAUGCAGUGCUGUGGCUGGAGCUGCGUGCUGGCACUGCUGCAGUUGGAGGACAUGUGCAGUGCUUGGACUCAGACCAUGGCUUUGCCUCCACGGUGAAUGCAGUGCAUGGCUCCAUCUCGACCUGUGGGAUUUCACUGCUGUGGAACGCGCCAUUUUCAUUCUAAAUCCAUAAUGAGGAUGGGAAUGCAAUUAGUUGGCUCAUUGGAACACCCAGAGCACUGCUGGCACUGCCCAAAGGUUAACUUCAGCUCUGUGAUGAGGUGCCAUUCUAUUUCAAACUCUUUUCUUCCAGUCCCAAUUUUUUUUACCUUCUUUUUUAAAAAACAGAUGUUUCAUUUGUUUUAGAUUUUGUUUUUCUUAAUGCAAAUUCGAGAGCAAUCGCUGCAAGGGACAUUUCUGCUCUUAUGUAAUUGGCUUUGGCUGUGCAAUGGCUUCUCUUUUUUAUCCAUCAUUUCUUAAGAGACAAAUGAACUCCCAGGCCCCGGUGCAUUGGGAAUGCUGACAGCAGCUCCUUAAAUCCCACUGCAUCGUCUUCUCUGGGCUCAGCCGAGUUCUGCAGAAUGGUCCCAGUCCAGCUUCACCUCUGCGUGAUGGGCAAAUUACUGCACUAAUGAGCUUCUCCUGGAGAAGGGCCUCAGUACUGGGGAAGGACAGAGGGAGGGCAGUCUGUCUGCAGGCGCCUGCAUGUGGGAUGACAGCUGUCAGGUUGGAUGUCAGGGGGAAGUUGUUUAGAGAGAGAGUGGUGAGGUGCUGGAACAGCUGCCCAGAGAGGCUGUGAUGCCCCGUCCAUCCCUGGAGGUGUUGGAGGCCAGGUUGGAUGGGGCCCUGGGCAGCCUGGGCUGCUGUGAGAUGGGGAGGUUGGUGGCCCUGCAUUGGUGGGGGGUUGGAGCUUCGUGAUCCUUGAGCUCCCUUCCAACCCAAACCAUUCUGUGAUCCUGUGAGGACUUCACCACCACUUGUGAGGGAUUGCAGCAGAGAAAGGCAGCCGAGGUCGUAUCAGUAAAUCCAGCAGUGCGAUCUCCUUUAGCUCAGCAGCACGUCUGCAGUGUUUUGCACUCGUUGGCUUUUGACUGCUGCUGGCUUUGCAGGUCUCCCUGCAUCUUAAAUCAGCACAGCUUCCCUCCAUGGCCACGCACUGGGCACUGCUGGGCACUGCUGGCACAGCACCCGCGGCCACUCCUGGCUGUCGGUGUGCUGCAAAGCGCCCUGCUGGGUCCCAGCAAACUGCUGCUCUCACAUCUCAUGUUCGCUGUGCUGGCAGAGCUGUGGGGAUGUAACAGCAGAGAAGUGCUGCCGCUGCUGUCGGAAUGAUGGGAGCUAAUCCGAGGAUGAGGGGACGGUUUAUUGAUUCAAAGUCCUGGCCAGACGUAGAUGGAGAUAAUUCUAGGAUGUAGGGGUAUUAUUCCUACUGAAAAGCAGGCUUGUAAAUUGCUCUCAUUUAUUUAUUAGCCUCUGCAAAACAGCCGUGUGCUACUGCAGCUGGAAGGUUAUGUAGAGACGUGAGUAGCUGUGAUACUGAAAAUAAGAGCUUUCUGGGUGGCAGUCAUCUGAUAUUUGUGCUGAAUCUGCUGGUUUCCUACAGCAAAUAGCCACUAACACCGGAUUCAGCUCUCUUUCCUUAAAGAUAAUAAAAAAAAAGGACAAUAUGCUGAGUUUUCAGCUCUGCUUUAGCAUUCCGGUCAGGUAUCUUUUUGCUCUUCCUUGCAAGCUGGUUUCUGAGGGCUCUGGUUAAUGUCCUUGAAAAUAACCUUGUGCUCAGGCUGGCUGCUGUGUCAUCGCAUCCGUCCCCAUGCAGGCAGCAUCCUGCCCACAGUGGCGGCUGAUGGGGGCUGUCCAGUCUGGCAGACCUGAGUUACCACCAUCAGAUAACGGGUUGUGAAGGGCAGGCUCAGCCCUGAGGCUCUGCUGGGGGACAGGGCUCAGGGUUCUGUUAGUGCUCAGCCUUUCCUCUUGUUAAGGGCUGUUGGAAUCAUAGGCUGGUUAAGUUGGGAGGGGCUGGAUCACAUCGCCAGUAUUGGGGGAUGGGAUCGGAUGAUCUUUAAGGUUGGAACUGAAUGAUCUUUAUGGUCCAACCCAAACUAUUCUAUGCUUCUAUGGUUCUACUUUCCACCCUUCAGAGGUGUCAUCCUCUCGGACAUACGGCUCCAUGAAGUGCAGAGAGUUCAGCAUCUCUCAGACAAAGCAAACGUUGCUGAUUUUUGGUCCUUUCAGUCCUUGCACUCUAUUGCUCCCCGUCUGGAAUCUUCCACCAGCAGCUUUACUUUCAUUCACCGUAUUGCAGUCGGGUUGGGAUGCACGCUGCUCCUCUCAUGCCUCAAACAGGGAAAAUCCUACAGCCUCCAAAUCCCCAGGCUCCCAUAAAUAACCAACACAGUCUCUUCCAACCCAAGCCAUCCUAUGAUUCUAUGCCAACGGGUUUCAGAUCUUUAAAGCAGUGCAUCCAUCUGGAAGGUGGCUGCGUGCCUGAGUCGAGGACAGCAGUGGCUGUAGGUGCUGCAUGUUUAUAGAGGCUGCACUGGCAGUUAAAUUGCCUCAGCACGGCCAACUUGCUGUCACCCAGCCUCAGUGUCUGGUGUUUGAUGGCCUCAUUAUACACAGGCUGUCGAUUCGGCUGCCGUUUUAUCCGGGGUUUUGUCAUUCAGCUGUAAUAGCAUGAAAGGAGGGGAUGUUUCCAUGCAUCUGCAGCCAGCGAGGACUUCAUGGAUACAAGGGCAGCGUGCUGCUGAUCUGCAGUCCUGCGGCUGCUGGCUGCCUUUGCAGGGCUGCACUGAAGGAGGGCACGGCCUGCUCCAGCUAAAUGAAGGAGGGCACGAUCACUGAAUUGUAGAGUCAUAGAGUCAUAGAAAAGGUUGGAAAGGACCUCCAAGGUCGUCCAUUCUGACCCCUGCCCACCCCCACCACGGCCACCCUGUCCCUGGAUGCCGCAUCCGCAUCUUUUCCAGCGGAGCUCACAGCAUCCCCUGGAGGAGCCUGACCUGAUGACUGAGCCCUACAGCACGGCACCUCUGGCUCUGCAGAAGUUUUGCUCCCACCAUCUGCAGCGUUGCAUAGACACGACCGUGGGCAGCUCUGUGGGAGGGAAGCCAGGAGGAGAAACCCAAAGGAUCCCAUGCUUUGUGCAGAGAAUCGCUGGCUGCUUUGUUCACCACUAAAAAGAAGGGAAACGGGUCGGUUCGACACCCCCAAGCCUGGCAUUAGCAGGCAGUGCCCCACAGGGAGCCUCCAGGAUCGUCUCCAAACGACGUGGCACGUCAGUCCUGCUGGAGCUACGGCCAGGGCUGACGUUUUCCAUUACCAGAAGGGAGGGUGGAGAAAAGUAUUUUUACCAUGUAUUUAUAGACCUGGCCGUGAUGCAGUGUUUCCCAAGCUUUGAGUGAAGAACAAUGGACAAAGAGCUUUGUGUUAGGGCUGCUGGUUAGGAACAACAGGAGCGCGGCUCCUGUGGGGAAGGAAAAGGUGAGUAAUAGGGGCUGUGCUGCACGUGGGGAGGGAAAUCUGUUGGAGAAGCAUCAGUGCAAUGGGUGAGGAACCACUGCAGCACUGUGGUGCCGCAUCCCCAGAGGUGUUGGAACCCAGCCCACAGCAGGGGGUUGGAAUGGGGUGGGCUUUAAGGCCCCUUCCAACCCAACCAUCCCAUGACUCUAUGGUAGAACAUCACAUAGAACAGCGUGCAGGGGAAACCAGCCUCCUCCUGCCCUCGGCUUAUUUCUCCUGAAGCUUGAAAGCUGAUUAAGAACCACUUACUUACGCUGAUGGGUUUCAGAUGAUACCAGCAGGGCACGCUGCUCUUCUCCAGCUGCCCAUUAAGGUUUCAAUUUACUGACCUCGCACACAGGCGGGUGAAGCUGUAGGGCCAGGGUGUGAGCUGCUGGAAUGACCUCUGUUAGCAGCCAGGCAGUUCAUUAAAUAAUAAAGAGCUGAACAAUUUCCAGCUAAAUAGCACACCGAGCAUCCCUUAUUUCAUUUCCUGUUUUUUAAAGGAAGUAUAAAUGAUUUACUAAUGUGCCUUAAGUCCUUUAAGUGAAUUCAGGCAGCGAAGCAAAAUCUUGUUUAGCGGGGCAGAUGCCCAAAGGGAAAUGUCUGAGUGAUGGACCUGUUUGUGAACAAUUUAUCAGAGUUAAUGGGGGAAUUUAAUGAGGCCAGCUCUCCAAUCAGUCGGGCUGGUGGCUCAGGCUCCCAUGCUUUGGGAACAAUUAGCAGAUGAAGCUCAGAGAGCUUAUGGUGCAAAACUUCCAACAUCACCUAUUUGAAAUGGAGGGGUGUUGAUCAUGGAAUGACAGCAUGGCCUGGGCUGCAAAGGAGCUCAGCGCUCAUCCAGCUCCAAGCCCUGCUGUGUGCAGGUCGCCAACCAGCAGCCCAGGCUGCCCAGAGCCACAUCCAGCCUGGCCUUGAAUGCCUGCAGGGAUGGAUGGGGCAUCCACAGCCUCCUUGGGCAACCUGUGCCACUGCCUCACCACCCUCUGCCUCCAAAACUUCCUCCUCACAUCCAACCCAAACCUCCCCUGCCUCACUUUCAAGCCAUUCCCCUUGUCCUGUCACCACCCACCCUCACACACAGCCGUUCCCCCUCCUGUUUAUCCGCUCCCUUCAAGCACUGAAGGCCACCAUCAGGUCUCCCUGCAGCCUUCUCUUCUCCAAGCUCCACCUCCCACUGCUGCUGGGAGGUUUGCUGGACUUCAUCCUCUGUACUUUUGCCAAAAGAAGAAACAAUAAAUCCUCCUGCAUGUGAAAUGUUUCCAAAGCCCUUAUGAAUGUGAUCCCCACUCCCUCUCCUCCCUUCCUCGCUUCCACUCCAUCUCACCCAGCUCCAUGCCUGCCCCGGGCUGCUCCAUAACCAGCACUGGGACAUUGGUCAGCAUCUUUAGCAGAGCUGUUGGAGCUGUGAGGAUGUGGACCAUAGAGGAGACGUGGCAACUCAGCUCCAGCAGUAGCAGCUGCUCUGACUGCAGCAAUAAACUUCAACACUCUUGCAAUACAGCUCCCAUUUGAGUCAGACACUACGAACCCUUUACAGCCGGUGUUGCAAUUCAUCAUAUCUCUACCUGAAUUACUUUCCAGGACUGGGCUCCACUCAUUUAACACAAGCUAUCUCAUCUUGUCCAUCUCUGUCCUGGGGUUUAUUUUCCACAGCCACUUGCUGAGAAAAUUCAUCAACUCAGUGGUGUGCCUGAUGGAAUUGCUGGUUGGAGGGGUGGAGGUUGGGAUGUUUUUCUCUCCCUGGCCUCCAGCUGCUGUACAAAGAGGCGGUGAGACGUGGGCUUACCUCGGAGCAGUGACCUUGGCCUUGUUCCUUGAUGUCCCAGCAGGGUCCAGGAGCACUGGACAGCUGGGCUGUCCCUCUCAGAAGGUGACAGCUCUAUUUGGGGACCUCUCAAAGGCUGCGUGGAGACAGCAGUGUCCUGUGAGCACGAGGCUGGGCGCAUUUGGUUGUUGAGUCUCGUGCCACAUCAGCUGGGCAGAGCUGAUGGAAGCAGGACUGAUGGUGUACCUGAAGAGGCAUCCAAGCAAUAGGCAGGGCGCUCUGUGUCACUUGGGCUCAAGUUAAUCUGCUUUGUUGCAGUGAAACCCUCUGCAAGGA